ACUCCGCCUCUCACAAUACUGUACGUUCCACUCGAAAUUUCAAAAAAAAAAGACAAUGGGUACUCUCGAAGACUUGCGCGAAAUUUACGAGGCUUUCUGUGCUUUCGGCUCCAAUCGCAAUCUCAGCAAUCCUCAUGGAUCGAUGGAGUCCAUUGCCGGGCCGACAAUGGAUGGUGCAAAAUUUGCGAAGUUUGCCCGCGAUAACAGGCUGAUUGAUAACAAACGUGUGACCACCACGGAUGUCGACAUAAUCUUUAACAAGGUUAAAACCAAAGGUGCCCGCAAGCUCGACUGGAAUACUUUCAUCGAUGGACUCACUGAGAUCGCCGUGAAAAAGUAUCCUGGUAAACAGGGUCGGCAGGCACUGGAUGCGGUUAUUAGCACUAUCAUGAAAAAAGGAGGAGGUCCUAUUGCCACUGGCACGACGCCAAAGUCAGACGGCAUUGUUGACCGCCUGACCGAUACGUCCAAGUAUACAGGAACCCACAAACUUCGCUUUGACGAAGCGGGGCGCGGACGCGGUGCCGAAGGACGCGAUCGCCCAAGUGCGACUGAUCAGCUGUCGAAAAUUACUAACCGAGAAGAGACCUCUGUUCGCGGACUUCCAGUGUCCAUUGAUCCCGAAGAAGGAGACAAACAAGAACUGACAAGCAGCGCUGGCAAAAGAGGUCACUCAAGUGUCGUUACCGCCAGCUCUGAAAGACUUGAUUUAGCGUCUAGCAAGCCCAAGAGCUCGAAAUUGGGCUCAAACACGAAUUUGGCCAACAAGCCCAAAACACCUCAGGCCAAAAUUGACAAAUCCUAUGGCGCGAAUGCCAAGGGUGGCUCCGUUUUUGACCGGCUUACCAAUUCUGGCCAGUACACCGGAACUCACAAGCAUAGAUUCAAUGCAGAUGGCUCUGGGCGUGGCAUUGCCGGGCGAGAUUCCCCUGCAAAGGGGACGUCCCCAGGAUCUUACAGGGGCGGUGACGUCAAGGAUUUAAGUCAGAUUCUACGCUCUUAAUAGGGCACGUCCAGGCCAAGGAUUUCUUCGUUCUUUGUCAACUACAAGUGAGCUAAUUAAGCAUAUUCUACGUCUGCAAACUUUUGCUACA